AUGACAGCCGAAUCUACCGAGCCGACUCUGAUCCACUCGCACAUCGUCCCGGGCACUGCCACCGCCACGCGGGGCCCCGUGCACGAGUCCACGCUGCGCUCGGGCUUCGAUCCGAGCUUCACGCUGUACACGAAUCUGCUGAGCCGCCUGGAGAUCGACCCCGAUGGCUCGCACCAGCUCUUCGGCACUCGCCGAGUGGACCCCGAGACGGGCGAAGUGGGGGGCUACGAGUGGGUCACGCUCAGCGAGUUCCUCGAGGCGGUCGAGAACUGCUCGGCCGGCAUGAGUCGCGAGCUCGGACUGCAGCGCGGGGCGCUCGUGGGCGUCUUCAGCAAGAACCGCUACGAGUGGUCGGUGGUGGAGCACAGCACCAGCGGCAUGACGUACACGCUCGUGCCGCUCUACGACACGCUGGGCCCCAAAGCGGUGCCCUACAUCACCAACCACACGGAGAUGAGGGUGGUCUUCUGCGCCAAGGAGCAGGUCAAGACGCUCAUGGCCUGUGUCAAGGACUGCCCCAGUGUGGAGACCGUCGUGCAGUUCGAGGACAAGAUCGACGGCGAGGACAUCGGACGCGCUAACCCCGUGGAGGCCGACCCACCGCUGCCUGACGACCUGUGCGCCAUCUGCUACACUUCAGGCACCAUGGGCGACCCCAAGGGCGUCAUGCUCACGCACUCCAACAUGAUCGCCAGUAUCUUGUGCUCCAUUGAGAUCACGCCGUUGUAUGAGACGGACGUGCACUUGUCCUUCUUGCCGCUGGCUCACUGCUUCGAGCGCAACGGCGAUGUGACCAAGCUGCUGGACGACAUGCAAGAGCUCAAGCCGACUGUGUUCCCGUCAGUACCGCGGCUUCUCAACCGCAUCCACGACAAAAUCACGCAGGGCGUUACAGCCGCUGGCGGCUUGAAGAAGCUGCUGUUCGACCAGGCGUACGCUGCCAAGAAGGAUUACCUUGCACAGGGCUACUUCACACACGCAUUCUGGGAUCGGUUGGUAUUCGACAAGCUCAAGAUGGUGCUAGGCGGCCGUGUGCGCUACAUCCUCAGUGGCUUGGCUCCUCUGUCGAAGGAGGUGAAGGAGUUCAUGGCCAUUGCAUUCUGCUGCCCCGUGCUGGAAGGAUACGGCCUCACGGAGACUGCUGCGGUGGUUUGCCUCGAAGAUGUCCCGGAAAAGCACUACUUGACCCGCGACACACCGUGCCCGCGGGGUGAGAUCUUGACCAGAUCCGGUCACGUGUUCAAGGGCUACUACAAGCAGCCAGAGCUGACACGAGAAGUGCUGGACGACGACGGAUGGCUCCACACGGGUGACAUCGGUCAAUGGAACCCGGACGGCACGCUGACGAUCAUCGACCGCAAGAAAAACAUCUUCAAGCUCUCGCAGGGCGCCCGAGCGGUAUUCGUGCACGGCGACUCGUUCAAGAACUACGUGGUGGGCAUCGUCGUGCCAGACCCGGAGUUCGUCGCUGCGUGGGCGGAGAAGCAAGGUAUCACGGGAGGCGAAGCCUCGCUAGAGAAGCUCUGUGCCCCAGGGAACAAGGCUCUGCUCAGCGUCAUCCAGAAGGACCUUCGCCAACUGGCGCUGGCUGCAAAGCUCCUUCCGUUUGAGCGCGCGCACAAGCUGCGACUCCACGCGGAGCAGUUCACUCCCGAGAAUGGACUGGCGACCCCUACCUUCAAGCCCAAGCGCUACGAACUCAUCAAGCACGUGCCGAUGAAGUAA